AUGGUUACUUGGGCUAUUUUCAAGAAAGAAUUAUUAGAAAAAUAUUUCUUGGUUGACGUACGUGGCAUGAAAGAAGUGGAAUUCAUUGAACUUAAGCAAGGAAAUAUGCCUGUUGCAGAUUAUGCCACCAAAUUUGAAGAAUUGUCUAGGUCUUGCCCUAACUAUAAUGGAGCAGAGGCUGAGAUGUCUAAGUGUAUCAAGUUUGAGAAUGAACUGCUCCCAGAGAUUAAGCAAUUUGUUGGGUAUCAGGAAAUUUUUCAGUUAUAUGUGUUGGUUAACAAGUGUAGCAUCUAUGAUGAAGACAUUCAUGCUAGAUCCUCUAAUUACAAGAGUUUCAGUGACAAGAGAAAUGGUAACCUGAAUCAUGGAAAACCGUAUGGUUCUCCAUUUGUUAAGGGGAAACAUAGGACUUUUGAUGAGAAAAAUCCAAGUGGGGGAUAG